AUGGUUCGUGCAUAUCUUGACGUCGUUCGGGAUACUGUCUGUGGCUUAACUCUUCGCACACGAGAACGUGCCUACAGUUCUGAUAGUCAAGCGCGCCCAAUGGAUAUUGGCCAACGCAUAAAAGGUUUAGAUUGGCCACUAACUGGCAUUACUAUGGUUGGACAGAGACGACUGAUAAAUAUCGAAUGGGCUAUCAGAUUCGUUAUUGCAAAUGAUGUGAUGGGUGAUUUUAUUGAAUGUGGUGUUUGGAGAGGUGGAAGUUCAGUGUUCGCUCGUGCUAUACUAAAAGCUUUGGAUAAUAAUGAUAGACAUGUGUGGUUAGCUGAUUCAUUUCAAGGACUACCAAAAGCGAGAACGACAAAUGAUAACGAUGAUUGGUCGAAAAUGGAAUAUUUAAAGGUAUCACUUGAAGAAGUUCAGACAAAUUUUCGGUCGUUUUAUUUACUCGACGAUCGUGUUCAUUUUUGUAAAGGAUAUUUCGUUGAUUCCCUUCCACGUUGNUGA